AAAACGGCAAUAAUGCAUUUCAUAUUUUACCCAUUUGAUGAGUUUGAAAACCAGUUAAACUUAUCAUCUUUUGUGAGCAAAUCGAAAAUGAAUUCAAAACUGUCACAUAUCAUUGAAGAUGAUAUCAACUUACGAGGUUAUUGCUAUUAUUAGGGUGAUGUAAAUAUGUUCACAUUUUGUCUACGUAAAUAUGUUGGAUGUACAGUCCAAAUCUAAUAUUGAUGAUUCGGAUUACUAACCAAUGCGAAUGUUCGAUUCAAUGUCCAAAAUGGAAGAAAUUUUUUGACAAUUAUUUAAAAAAUUGUCAAGACGAAAAGGUGAUCAAUGUGGAAUUCUAGUAUACUUUGCAUGUCCAGUUCCACAUUAGCUGCCAUUUCUGAAAAAAUCAAUUGGAUUGGUAUGAGUUUCUUUAAAAAAAUAAAAAAUAAAAAAUCGACCGUUUUAUUUGCAUACCUACUUCAAAGCUAUACAAAUCGGAACCUUUCGUCGAAAGUGAUCUGAAAAUCACUAUCAUCAAUAGUAGCUAGCUUAUUUGCUCUUGUCCAUUCACCUUAACCAUGGCGAAUAUUACUCAAUUUAACUUUUCACCCGAUUUUAAGGCAAUAAAACCAAUCGAAUUAGUAUUCCUGUCAUAAUGCAAACCCCAAUCAAAACAUAGCAAACUGUGUCAAAUCGAUAUUUCAAUCAUUUAAAGUUUACUCCGUUUUCAUUUUAAAUGUUCAAAAAUUCACAUGAAAUAAAAAAGGAAACAGUUGUUCGUUCUCAAGUCAAAUCUGAAGAAAUUGAAUAAAAAAGUUAUUAAUGUUGGUAUCUGAAAAUGGCGUCAUCAAUAUUUAAUAACUGCUGUGGUUACUUUACAUCGAGAUCUGGUGGAAAAUUUAUAGGCUGGUGUAUGAUAUCGAUCGGCACUACUAUUCUUUUCCUUCUAAUUGUGAUGAUGUUUCUUACAACGCUAAAUUGGUUUACAAUUUUGUUAUUGGUCGAAACGUGUGAGUAACUUUUUCUCGAUUGAUAAAAUUUCAUGCGUUAAUAGUUAUUUCGUUUUACAGGUAUCUCCAUGAUGGUGUUUAUUGGCUGGCUCAUUGGCAUUUAUAAAGUAAGCCAGUGUUGUUCUGUGAGAAAAUGAAGAGAAAACUUCAUGUGUAUUUUAAUAGGAGAAACGAAUUGUAAUGAUACCAGCCAUAAUCUGGACUAUGUUGUACAGUGGGCUGGGACUUGUCAAAUUAGGAUUGGUCACUGCUGGCUGUGGAAAUCUAAUAUUUUUCGGUACUAAGUGCAAAGACGGAUUCGAUGCAGGAAUACUUAAAAUUCUGACCGUCAUUACGGCUUUCAUCAUCAUCGGUCUGUAUAGCUCGGAUGAAAAUUCAGAUAGACCAUAUUUACUGAUGCUGUCAUUUAUUUACAGCGAUUAAUGUGUACAUGUAUAUUGUUAUGUAUUUACUUUUCGUUUCUAUGGGUGAUGUUGAUCGGCGCCGAAUCCAAGCUAUUCAAAGGGAUCCAUGAAUUUGGCAUAAUUUUCGUCGAUAAAAAUGUUGUUGACAAAAAUGGUUUUACUUUAGCAAAAUUAGGUUUUUAAAUGAAAAAUUCACUUAAUUUUGAUAACUAUAUGGAAUGAAAAUUGUCUUGAAAAGAAAUGAAUGAGAGUUCAAAACUCAAUGACACCAAAUUGUUCAGUGGCGUAAUUUACGGACUUCUUUCGGAGAUCGAGACGAUGUUAGUCAUUCAAGAUAUUUCAGUAAGGAAAAAUUAAAAUAAUCUUAAUGCAAUGAAACAGUACAAUGGACGGUUGGGUCUCUUGUAGUCAUUUUAUUCGAUACUAGCGUGUUCACCUCUAUAUGUACAUAUGAUGGUAUUUAUUACCUGGAAACGUGUAUGUCAUUUGUAAUUAUUAAGUAAAACUUCAGAAAAUGACUUUAAUGGUUUUCAAAGGUAUCCAAAUUUGAUUUAUUUUCAAUUUUCAAAGCAUUAAUUGGUUCAUUAUAACAUUGUGUCUUACCUAUUGAACACUGGCUUGCACCAUUGUUUCACCAAUGUUCCAUUAAAGUCUUCAUUUGGCUGUUGAACAUACAACAUCGAAUAACUGACCUAAAAUCGAAUGAAUUAACCUAAGUGAAUUUCAAGUUAAAAUCGUUUUUCAGUCGCAAAUCAUGAAUUUUAUUGGUAUAGCGAUCAUAUGCAUUGGUUUUUUAUCAGUUGCAGCUGCAAAUGGUAUGCAUACAAUAGCUGAGAAAACACAAUUGUUCGGAAAAUUGAGUGAAUUUUUAAUAUAUUUUUUUCAAUCAAAAUUGAUCAUUGUAGGGCGAUAUGAUGGUAGAGCUAUGAUGUGUGUUAUAAAUUUAAAUUCAUCAACACCUGCUUAUGAUACAAUCCUUGGUUCAGAUUUGAGCUUUUGCACACAUUUAAUUUGUUCCGAUUCUUCUAUGGAAUCAACAACAGGUUUCGAAUGGACCCAAGACCAACGAAAGCAAUACAAAAAGUGUGUGAAUACACGCACACGUUACCCGUAUUUAAAAAUUUUUUACUCUGUUGAGAAAACGGCGAGCGAAUACAGUGAGAUAGCAAGUGAUUCGAAACAGCGACAAAAAUUCAUCAAAACAGUUUUCAAUAUUGUUUCCCGUAACAACUUCGAUGGAUUAAAUUUGAAUUGGCAGUACUCAGAACGAAGACCUGCAGCCGAUACUUUUAAGUCGACGAACAGAAAGACACAGGUGUUAUUGGUCAAGGAACUGAAUGAAGCAUUAAAAUCGAACAAUUUAUUGCUUAGCACCACAUUCCACGAAAUACAACAUAAUCUAACCAUAGAAGAUUUAUCUUCUAAGCAUGGAAAUGUUCAACUUUUGGAAAUGUUUGACUUCGUUUCCAUAUCAAAAUACGUUGAUUAUUUGGUGAUUGAGUCGAAUGAAGAAGAUGGUUUGAUCAAAUCGGGUGUGUCAUCGAAGAAACUGGUCACGGAAUUAACGCUGAAGCAAUUUAUGUCAGAUGACAAAAUUGGACAGUCUCUUGAUAUUGUAAACAGAGAAUUAGUGGCAAAAAAUAUGAAUAAUGUCAACCCGAAACUUGGAUUAGCUGGUAUUUUUGUGGAUGUUUCAUUUAGAAAUCCAUUGAGAAAUGAAAAUAAGAGCCAACUUGAGAUUAUGAUGCAAAAUAUGCAUAUGGAUAAUUUAGUCCAAAUUCUCUUACAGAACAUCAAAGCGGUGGUUAUGUUAUUAAUUGAAAUCGAUAGACCUAGAAAAAACUCGUUAAAAGCAUACAAUAAAGCUAUAAAUCGAAUGACGGAAAAAAUCGAUCAAUUCUCCAGAGCAGAAAUCAAUUCAGCCAUGCAGUCAAUCAAGUCUGGUUUCAAAAUCUACCAACAGGGUUUGAAUCUGUAUUCACAAAUAAGUGGGAAUCGUAUAAUGCCACAAAUGGUAUCUAGUGCAUUAGCUGAGGUUUUAUUCAAAGAAGAUGAUGAAACCGAGAUUCAGAACAGAGUGAAUAUAUUUGAUGGAAAUACGGAUCCUUUCUUCAAAGCAGAGCUAAACUCAGCCGUCGAACAUGCCAAAGACGUUUUUGAGAUCGUUCAACUGUAUAUGAAGACAUUUUCAAUAAUCGAUUGGAAUGAAAGCAGAAAGAAAUCAUUAAACGCCUACAGCAUAGGACUGAAUAAAAUACUGGAUAAAAUUGAUCCUUGCUCCGAUACAGAAAUAAAUUCAGCCAUGCUGAACAUCAAGUACGGUUUAAAGGUCUGCCAACAGGGUUUGAAUAUGUAUUCAGGAAUAAGCGAUACGAAUGAACAUACCACAAGAAGUAUGCCCUUUAGUAUGUUCCUUAGCAAGGCCAUCGAUAAGGUGAUAGAAAACUAGUAAAUGUUGAAUCCAUGGAUAGCAAGGGGAACCCAUGAAGAAUACCCAUACUUGACUAUAGACAUAUACAUUUAACGCAUCACUUCAAAAUCAAUCAUUUUGAAUUGUUUAUUCAAAAUUGAACUCUCAUACGCAAAUAGAUUAUUUCACACGUAAUUUUGAUCAAUAAAAUAUCUUAAGACAAAAAACUUUUUUUUUUUGUUAAUUCUGUUCAUAAUAAACUGUUUUUAUGUAAAAAGUGUGAAAAAUUGUAGAUAUAAUUUUCAAUUAUCUUUCGGAUUGUUGAAUAUCAAUACGGUUAUUAAAGCAGAGAAUGAGAAUUCAUCGAAACAGUGCAAUCGAUGAGUCUUUUCUAGUCAUUCUGUCCCUUUUGACUGCCACGGCAUCAGGCGGGAGUGACUUAAUUUUCGAUUUAAAUAAAUAAUAUUUAAAAUCGGUAUCGAUCUCUUACAGUGGAUAUCUCACUUCAAAAUUUGUAUAACGUAGAAUUCGGAAAUUUCUACAGUUAAAUGGCACUCAAAUGUUAUGAAAAAACCGCUGCUGUGUUUCAUUACUUUCCAGGUAUAAUUGGCAGUAAAAAUGGACGAUUCAUUUCAUCCCAUACAUGUAUAUAACAUACACGUUGUAAUUUGUAACUAUUGAGCGAUAAUUCAUUUUUCGGGCCUUAAUAGCUCUAGACUAUCUCCAAAUGUAUUUCUGAUGUCUCAAAGCAUUAUUUGGCUCAUUUUAACGUCUUGUCUUACCUAUUAAAUACGGACGGAUAACUGUUUGAGCAUCACAGUUGGUUGGACGCUGAACAAAUAACAUCAAAUAACUGACGUGAAUCUAACUUAAAGUGAAUUUCAAGUGGAAAUCGUUUUUCAGUUUAAAAUCAUGAAUUUGUUCGGCAUUGUGAUCAUGCGAUCAUAUGCAUUGGUUUGUUAUCAAUUGCAGCUGCAAAUGGUAUGUAUAAAAUUGCUACAAAAAUAUAAUUGCUUAAAUUAAUGAACGAUUUUUUUUAUUUAAUAAAUAUUGAUUAUAGGCGCAUAUAAGAAAUCUAGGAUGUGCGUAAUCAACUUAAACUCAUCGGUG